AUGACUGACAAGUUCAAUAACGACGUUAGAGCUGAAGUUGGGUGCUCUGAUAUGUACGGUGACGAUGGUGAGGUCACCAGAGGUGUGGCUCUCGACAUGGAUAUACUUACGUCUAUUGGGUUGAUACCGUCUACUACCGAUAAGCAGUUCCCCCUGACUACUACAGGGGUUCAUCAGCUAAGUAAGCAUGAGAGAGAGGCCCCUGAGGCCCCUGAGGAUCCUAUGUAUGUUUACCCCGCUACGACAAUCAAUAUCACCUCGAGUGACUCCUGUGAAGUUGCUAACGAUUUGAUCGAGUUCUUCGAAAAGAAAUUGGAUCUAUGCGACUUCGAAUUCCACAAGGAUCAUUUUUGCCUCUGCUCUGAAGUGUACGAUAAGAACGGUGACAAAGCCACUGUGAAGGUCCACUUUUUCCGUGUCGGUCGUGACCAUGUCAGAGUGUGCUUUCGUUGCCAUGGAGGCAGUAGACGGAUUUUUAACGAAGUGUAUCGACAAGCCACUAAGCAUUUCUCCUCCGAGAAGGAACUUGAAGACGAAGAAGAAUCUGCGGGAACUAUCCCAGAGGCCCCCGACAUGGAUGACAUCAGUGAGAAGGAGCUUUCACCGGUCGUUGAGAUGCUCGAUGAGUCGUCGCCGCGACUGAGGGCAGAAGGCGCCGGUGCCCUGGCCAGUGGUUGCGGUGAAGUCGCCUCAAGAGCAGUUCUACUCCAUAGGGAGGGGAUGCUGAGCUCCUUGGUUAACGAUCCAUGUGUGGCUGUUGUUAUUGGGGUCUGCCAGAUACUCUUAAACGCUGAUUUGACAGACGAAUUUUCUGUAACUAUGUUAUCUAAACAAGAAGUGGUUCCUGCUAUAUUGGAGGCCCUUGAGAAGUGCACUGACGUUCUCGGUAAAGAUAAAACUCGUGCCCGAGUGUUGUCGGCCGCUUUGAAAUAUUUGGUAUGCAACUCAGCUGACCUUGCUCUACAAUGCGAUGUGGCAAUAUUGGGUGAUGUUCUGAACACAGUCGGUGGUGAUACCAUCUGCUCUGCAAAUCUCGAUGAGGUUCUCAAAUACUGCUAGGGGCUUUGAAUUUGUAGCAGUUCCCAAGUAGUUGUGGGGUGGUGGAUUCGUGACCGUUUAUGCUCAUCAUCAUCAUCGCUGUUGUUUUCACUCAUAUUUUAUUGUAAAUCUGUCGGUAAGUGCCCUGCUAUCGUCGAGCUAUGGUGAGGGUCGCUGAGGUGCGAAGCUAUGGGAGUACCGCGUAAUUCUGCAGCUAACGCGUUUUGGGGGAU